UAGUAAAACCAAAUACGGUCCAGUGUGUAGAAAGAGGCAGCCUCCUGAAGAAAGUCACUAUGAUUUUAUUCUACUUUUUCUGUCUUUUGUUUUCCUAUUGUUGGCAUUUGUGUCCAUCUUUUCCAAUAAUCAGUUCAUAUACGCACAUUAAUCCGCUUACAUUCAGUAACAGUUGGGAGGAUAUUGUGCCAGCACAUUUGGAGUGGUUGUUGGUUGUCUUCAACACGGUGGGGCUACGAGUGAUUAUUUUAUUCUUUCAGUUUUUCUGGGUUACCCAAGUGUUCCUCACUGUGUCAGUUUUGACAAGAUGAGAAGUAAACUUGGUACAUAAGUAAUUGACAGGCCUCAUCCCCAUCCGCUCCAGGAGGCAGUCACGCCAGGACAGGCAGCCGCUCCAUUCCUUCUGCGCUUCUGGUUUUCCUCCAGCUUGCACUCUCUGCUGUGUCUUCAGUCACGUCCCAACCCCAGAGAAAAGAAAAGAAAAGAAAAACCUCUUCAAAACUUAAAGCCGAUGACCAGGAACCAGCAGAGGCACGGAGACCCCAGGGCCAAACCGGGCGUCCCCGGGGGCAUCCGCGGGGAGCGGCACUUUGCGUCAUGCAGGGCCCGCCCCUUCCAGGACCUGGGAUCGGCGUGUUCUGCCGUCUUGGCCGCAGCCGUGGAGCAGGAUUUCCGCGGUUGUGUAACGGCCCCUCGCGGGCGUGCAGAGGUCUGGGCCCCGCAUCCCUCCACCUCCCGGCCCCUGGUCUCCGGCGGCCGAGCCAUGGCCUGCGCGGCGGCGGGGAGCUGCGGGGCCGGCGGCGCGCUCUCGGUGCACACCCUGCUGUUCGACCUGCCGCCGGCGCUGCUGGGCGAGCUCUGUGCCAUCCUGGACAGCUGCGACGGCGCGCUGGGCUGGCGCGGCCUGGCGGAGCGACUUUCAAACACCUGGCUGGACGUUCGUCACAUUGAAAAAUAUGUAGAUCAAGGUAAAAGUGGAACAAGAGAAUUACUUUGGUCCUGGGCACAGAAAAACAAGACCGUCGGUGACCUUUUACAGAUUCUCCAGGAGAUGGGACAUCAUCGAGCUGUCCAUUUAAUUGCAAACCAUGGAGCAGCCUUGAAUCCUCCAGAGCAGCGUCAUCAGGGGGAUGGAUUUCCAGACUUGUUCUCCAAGGAAACAGCCAAUGUCACAGUGGAUAAUGUUCCUAUCCUUGAACAUAAUAAAAAAGGAAUAGUGCUUAACUCUUCUAUCAGCUUUCAAAACAUCAUAGAAGGAACCAACAACUUCCACAAAGGUUUCCUCAUCGGCGAAGGGGAGAUUUUCGAGGUAUACAGAGCGGAGAUCCAAAACCAAACCUAUGCCAUUAAGUUGUUUAAACAGGAGAAAACAAUGCAAUGCAAGAAACAAUGGAAGAGGUUUUUAUCUGAGCUUGAAGUUUUACUACUAUUUCAUCAUCCAAACAUCCUGGAGCUGGCCGCAUAUUUUACAGAGAGUGAGAAGUUCUGCCUGGUUUAUCCAUUCAUGAGAAACGGAUCACUUUUUGGCAGAUUACAGUGCGUAGGAAACACAGCCCCACUCUCUUGGCACAUUCGAAUCAGUGUAUUAAUCGGAACAGCCAAAGCCAUUCAGUACCUGCACAACACGGUCCCGUGCUCGGUCAUCUGUGGCAGUAUUUCAAGUGCCAACAUACUUUUGGAUGAUCAGUUUCAACCCAAACUCAUGGAUUUCGCCAUGGCACACUUCCGGCCCCACCUCGAGCCUCAGAGCGCCACCAUAAGCAUGAGCAGCGGCAGCAGUAACCAUCUGUGGUACAUGCCGGAAGAGUACAUCAGGCAGGGCAAGUUGUCCACUAAAACAGAUGUCUACAGCUUUGGCAUCGUGAUAAUGGAAGCUCUGACCGGUUGUAAAGUGGUGUUGGAUGACCCAAAGCACAUUCAGCUGAGGGAUCUCCUGAUGGAAUUGAUGGAGAAGAGAGGCCUCGAUUCAUGUGUCUCACUUCUAGAUAAGAAAGUGUUUCCCUGCCCUCGGAAUUUUUCUGCCAAGCUCUUCUCUUUGGCGGGCCAGUGUGCUGCGACACGGGCAAAAUUAAGACCAUCAAUGGAUGAAGUCCUAACUACUCUCGAAAGCACUCAAGCCAGCUUAUAUUUUGCUGAAGAUCCUCCCACCUCACUCAAGUCUUUCAGGUGUCCUUCUUUGUUCUUGGAUAACGUGCCAAGUAUUCCAGUGGAAGAUGAUGAAAGACAGAACAGACAGCCUCUGCUUCAUGAUCAACAUUUGAGGAAAGAGAGAAUGGUUCAGAAAAUCCCUUUUGAAUGCAGCCAGUCUGAGGUUACUUAUCUGGGCUUGGAUGGAAAGACGGGGAAUGAGAGAAAGGAGGAGGCUUGCAAACUGCCCAGUUCUCCUCCUGAAGAACGCUGGUCUCCAAAGCACGCGGCACCAGCCUGGGAUUCAGGGGCCCCCCGUGUAGAUGCGGACCCUUCUGCAGAAGCUGCAGGCCACACUCACAGGGGCAGGCCAGUGGAGACCAGCUGUUCCAGUGAAUUUGUCUGGAAUGAAUGUGAGCAGAACAAAAAGGAAUCCAUUUUACCAGAAGAUAAAGAAGAUGACAAGUACUACCCCGGCACUUGAGUACAGGUGGCGUCUUGGGAAGACAUUGCCUUCAUAAGUAAUGCCCUGAGGGUGAUCCAUGCGACCUCGGCAAUGAGGAUCAACAAUCUGGACGAUCCCAUUCUUCGCUCUCCAACUUGCAAAACGAGGGGCCUUAAAAGUGUGUUUUGUCGGGUAAUUGCCUCAGAUCAAAUCUAGGCUGAAUUAGAGCCAUUCGUGAUUCCUUAAGAUCCUGGGCCCUGACUUCAGACAAACACAGCAAUCAAAACCUCCCCAACGAGACUGGAUUCUUACGUCCUUCACGGCAUUGAUCUGAGUCCUCAGAGCCUCGUUCUGCUAAGUGUGUUCAGUUGGAUUCCACUGUUGGGUGUAGCUUGCCUGUGAAGUCGUAGGAAAUGUCUAGUUUGUAAAUAUUAAUGCUUGCCCUUUAAAGAAUUGCCUUUCCGUGUACUUUGAUUGACCCGUGGCAUUUCCCUGUUCAUCCCUAUCAAGUUUGCCUGUGUGAAGAUGAGCCAGGCUCACCCUUGGCUAUGAUAUGGUCUCUGCAGAGAGUAGAUUUUUGCCCAAGAUCUGUAGUCUGUAUUUAAACUCUUAGGAUAAUUUAUCACAUAGAAUACAAUUGUUGACUGUUAUUAUAAGUUCUUUUUUUUACAAACGUAGGUACCUAUUAUAUCCUAAGUAGGAUGUAUGAAAUUUUAAUCAGGUAAUUUCUGUUUCUGAGAAGAUGGCUGGUCACAAGAGCCUAGGUCUGCUUUUUGAUUCUGUACCUUCCAACUCAAUGCCUUUGCUCCUGCUGUGUCCUGUCUCCCUUCCCUUUUAAAAUCUUACCAAUCCUUCAGGGCCCAGCAGAACUGCCAUCCUCCUGAGACUUCCCUAAUCUCCAGCCAGAAGUACUCACUUUACCAGCAUUUCCAUAGCAAUAUUACUGUAUUUAUAUUUUAUACUCGUCACUUUCUGAAUGAUACCAAAGUUGCUUGUGCCAUCUCUCUCUCUGACCAGGCUUGUAAACUGCCUGUAUUAGUUUUCUAUUGUUGCUGUGACAAAUCAUCACAGACCGAGUGGGCUAAGACAAUGUAGGUUAAUUAUUUUGCAGCUCUGGAGGUCAGAAGUCCGUGGCAUCCCUUCUGGAGGCUUUAGGUGCAGAUUCGUUCCCUCACCUAUUCAGGCUCCUGCCUUCCUUGGCUUCUGGCCUCUUCAUCCUCAAAGCCAGUAGCGUAGCAUCUUUCAAUCUAGAUCUCUCUUUCUCUCUGACUUCUUCUUUAUCACCUAUUUCUCAUACUUUGGCCCUCCUGCCUCUCUCUUAUAAGGAUCCUUGUGAUUGCAUUGGGUCCUCACAGAUAAUCCAGGAAAAUCUCUGCAUCUCCAGAUCCUUAAUUUAAUCACAUCUGCGAUGUCUCUUUUCUUCUGUAAAGUAAUAUAUCCGCAGGUUUCUUAGGACAUGGACAUCACUUGGGACCAUUGCUCUGUCACAUUCCCUGCGUGUGCAGGGGCCGUCUCUUCAAGGCCUAGCCUGUUAUCCUAUACAGAGCAAGUGUUUUCUUAUAAGUCAAGUUGAAUUAAAUGAUCUCCAUGAACCUACAUACUCAAAAAUUCAGCUACAGUAAAUGUUGUUGGGUAAAUUAACAAAGUGGGGAUAAUGAUUGUCUUUGUGAUGAUGGCUGGAAAUACUCAAGAAAACCAUUUCCAGAGGAUUUAUAACUGCUCCCUCUUCAGGGCAUGUAUAAUGAAAGGGUAGAUCUCUAGCUUCAGAGGAAUAGACACAUGGCCCGCAUGCGUGUGCGUGUGUGCGUGCGUGUGUGUGUGUGUGUGUGUGUGUGUGUGUGUGUGGUUGGGUUAGGCAUAGAUUAGAGUCCAGAUUCAAGAACAACUGAUCAAAAACAAGAAAUUAUCAGGAAUUAGGAGCAGGUUAGCAGACCAAGGUCAGAAAUGUGGAGCUAUAGUUCUGGGGGGAAAAGGAUUUCAUGGCAGAAAGUGUGCUUUAAGACACAAUAAGCCUUAGUCUGAUUGACAGGCCCAAAGCAGGCCCCAGGUAAGCAGUUAGGAGAGGCCAUGCUUAGGAGAGGCCAAGCAGUUAGGAGGGCACAGGCAGGUCUGCCGGCCGGCUGUCCAGUGCUAUCUUCCGCGUCUGAUCACGAUGUCUGUGUUCACAGUGCUCCCAAAUGGUCCCUCUGCUAAGACUAGUAGGGGAGCAGGCUUGAACUUGACUUCAGAUGAUUUCAAUUCUUGUGACCUGAGCUGGCUGGCCACUCUUGAUUAUCCAUGCUAAUGAAAGGAAGCAGAAGUCUUUGGCAUUUGGAUUUAUAUUAUGUAAACCAUUCUGAGGCUGAUUUACCUUGUUUCAUUUGAAAAUAAAAAAAAAAAACAGCGAAUGUGUUGCUUAUUUUAUCAGUAUUAACUUUAUCCUUCCAGAUUGGCAAAUAUUGGAGCAAUUGACAAGAAUGUGGGCAAAAGGACAUUCUUGUUCACUAUUGGCUGGAGUGACAAUUGGUACAACCUUUCUAAGAAGGCAAUAUGUCAAUAAAGAAUUAUUUAACAAAAAAAGAAGGCAAUAUGUACUAAAGUUGGCAAUAUGUAUCAAAAAUUUAAACGACACACUUUUACCCGGCAAUUUGUUUAGGAAUUUAUUCUAAACAUUCCCUGAGUGUGCAGGGGCCGUCUCUUUAAGGCCUAGCAUGUUACACAAUACAGAACAAGUGUUUUCUUAUAAGUCAAGUUGAAUUAAAUUAUCAAGUGUGUAAAUAAGAUGGCAAAGAUGUACUUUAUGAGAUGUAUAAUAUUAAAUCAUUGGAAACAGCCUAAAUGUCCUUCAAUAAAAGAUGGGUUACAUAAAGUAUAGCACACAUAUACAAUUGACUUAUAUGCAACUGUCCUUAAAGAUUAUUUAGAUCAAUGUUUAUAACUCUGGAAAUUUGUCACUGAAAUAUUAUUGAAUGAAAACUCAGACUCCAGCAUAGCAUGCUUAAUAGGGCCACAUUUAUAAGACUGGAUUUUUUAAAAUAAUAUAUGUUUCAUAGAGAGAUCUUUGCCAAAAGGUUAAUAAUGUUUUUUUCUGGCCUGUGGUAUUUGGAUGAUCUUUACUUUCUUUAGACUUGGAUGUAUUUGAAAUUUUUAUAAUGAGCAUGGAUCAUUUUUAUUUUCUUAAAACAAUAAAGCUAUUUUUAUUUUGGAAAAAAA